AAAAAAGGGGAUAGCGCUUAUUUUCUUUAUUAUAAUAUUAAAAUAAAAUAUUUAAAUAAUAAAUUAAAUUAUAAAAAACUUAGACUUUUUAAAAUUAUUAAAAAAGUCUUAUUAAUUAAUUAUAAACUAAGACUACUAAAUACGAUAUAA